CACAGAUUUAGAUAAGUGAUAAGAAAAAUUAAAAGAAAGAAAAACAAGCCAAACCAAACAGACUCCAGUGCCCCUGCAGUAACUCUCUGUGCAGGUGCCAAAGACAGUUGAACAAGUGCAAAGUGCAAUAAAAAAUUUAAAUAAUAUUAGCUACAUACACAAUGGAUAUGGAUACGUUGCUGCUGCCGUCGCCGCCUGCAACGCCCCCGCUUCGGGAUAACAAAGUGGAAAACGCCGCCAAGGACAAACAACAGGUCAAUGAGAAUCUACUGAAGGCCAAGCUAAAACUGGUCGCCAAUCAGAAGAGUCAAAAAAAUGGCGCCGGCAUCAUAACACCCAAUCCCUCGGACACGGAGGACGAUGCCGCCGAUGUGCUGCCAUGCAAAAAGGCGCGGCUGGAACAGCCGGCGGUUACGUUAACGCCUCCACCCGAUCAGCAGCAGCAGCAGCUGAAGCAUGAACAGGAACAGGAGGCGGAGGAUGCACUGGCACAACGCGUCAGUGUCAUUAUGCGCGUCAAUAGCCUGGGCACGGUCAGCUCCUCAACCAAUGAGGAGAACAGUUCCAGCUCCAGCUGCUCCAACACUGGCGCACUCGGCACACCCAUUGCCGAUGACUAUCCAGAGGAGAAUGUGUGGCGCAAUCUCAAAUACAAAAUGAAUCGCAAACGUGCCGCUGAGGUGGCACUGCCCACGGCAACAACAAAACCAACUACAGUGGAACCAUGCAGCGCACCAUCAUCAGCAACAGACCAGCAAAACAACACAUCCUGUCCAGCGUCCGCGACGAGCGUCUAUAUAGCUGCAGCACCUGCUGCAAACUCUCAGCUGCUGCUGCUAAGCAAUGUUGCCGUUGCCGUCGCCGCUGCCGCCGCCGCCGCCGGUGCACAGCAGCCUCAAUUACCAAGCCAGUCUCCAGCUUCAUCCGCAUCGCCAGCCUUGUCCUCGUUGGGGGGCAAACGCAUUACAGCCGCCCAGGCGGCGGCGACACGUAGCCGCAUCUACGAGUGCAGCUUUCCCGAUUGCGGCAAAAACUACUUCAAGAGCAGCCACCUGAAGGCACAUCAGCGCGUCCAUACUGGGGAGCGUCCGUUCAUAUGCAAAUGGGAGAACUGUGACAAGCGUUUCUCUCGCUCCGAUGAGCUGUCGCGGCACAAGCGCACGCACACCGGCGAAAAGAAGUUCCAGUGCGGCGUCUGCUCAAAGAAGUUCAUGCGCAGCGAUCAUCUGUCCAAGCACGUGAAGCGCCACAACAAGGACAAGGCGAACGGAGUCAAUCGCAAUGUCAGCUUUGCCACGUCGGCUGCCGAAGCAGCUGCCGCUGCCGCUGCUGCUGCUGCUACGGCGACGUCAGCGCUAUGCGAGCCAACGCUACAGCUGCGUGCAAUAGCACCAGCCGCUGCCGCCGCUGCUAUCUCCGCCUCGAGUUCACAAUCCGCCUCGUCGAGCCAAUCCUCCAGCAGUCUACACAUUUACAGUGCGCCGGAUUUGCUGCGACUGCAACAGCAUCGAUCGUCCCCGUUUGUGGCAACGGCAGCGGCUGCGGUUCAAGCCCGAUAAACAGACGGACCACAAUCUCAUCUCGACACAGUAUGAACCAGCUCAAUCACAAAACUGGAGCACAUCCAUAUGCGGGCCAGCUGGCGUUAUAGUUUAAGACCUAGUUAAGAGCUAUUUCUUGUCAUCGUUAUUCUAGAUUCAUAUUACACAAUUGUCCUUAUGUCCUUAUGGAUAUGCUGCACAACACAACAUGUUUCCAAGCACACAUUUUAGUUUAGAGCUCUUCUGAUAAUACCUAGUGCAUAUAUAUACUAUAUACUAUAUAGCUACGAUUCUGUGAUAUUUAAGUUUUCUUAACUCUUUCUCUAUUGUACAAUAAUUAACGCUCUUACAUUUUUUUGUAAUCUUAACGAAAUUGUAUUUAUUGCAUCAUGUGAAGAAAAGAAGCAUGGAAAAUACCUGGUACAAAGCCAAGGUACAAAUCUCAAGAAAACAAAAAAA